GAAAAAGAAGCAUAAAUUCACAUUUGACCAUAAUAAAGAGUCGCAUCUUGCUGAUACAGAGACAUUGUCCGACGAUCUGAGUGUGGCACCAAAAAAACAAAAAUUUGGUAGGUAUUUUAGUUGUUUCCAUACAGCGUCACCCGUCAAGAGUUUUGGCGAAAAGAGACCCUCAGAUAGCACGACUGUAGAUAUUCACGAAGGUCUAGUAGCCCCUAGAAAACGGUUCUUUAUCAAAGCGAAAACAGCCAUGCGCGUAGCGGCUGCCGACAGUACAAACAAUAAUAAUAUGAAACCGGUGAAGAAGUCCAGCUUGAAGGCGUCGUUCCCAUUUGGUCUAGGCAACAAGAAAAAAGAGGUCAAGGCCCCCUGCGACCAACCUGCCGCCGCCACUGUUGAGCGUGCUGCCAAAGAAAAUAACGAUAAAAACAAGCACGACAAAGAUGACAAAGGUAAGCAGGGCUCGUCAAUUCAAUCCGUCCCGGAAACUGAGCUGCCAGUUGACAAUGUAUCGGACGUUGCCACAGUCGUUUGUGAAUCGCCGGUAAAAUCACAUACUCUGAGCUGCUCGACGCCACGGCCAAUCGGCGAUAGCGUAGUCGAAGAACUAGCCAUCUCGUUAAUGACGUUUCUUAAUGAAGAUAAACUGUUGGAGGAGGUGGAAGGCUCCAGUACACAGCAACGUAAAGCACUUACGCCGGAGCUCACCCCGUCUCGGAGUCCGCUAGUUAGCUUGACGCCAUCGAAGAAGCGUCAUGGCGAUCAGCCUUUGGACAUGGAUGAUGUGCCGUCAUCGCCAAAGAAGCAGAGACUGUUCAGGAGUCGGGUGCUCCAUAGGAAGAAGAGUAAAGAAAAAAACAAGCCAAAGCACACAGUUGCCACACCCGAACGGUCGCUGGCUGUCGUUGAAUGCGAAAAGGCGGAGAUGAAGAGUGUUCGCAGCGAAACAAACUUAGAGGUGUCAAACAUAAUCAAGAACACCCAAUCAAUGGAAAGUAUCGAUCUCAAUUCUGAAACCCAGAGUCGAAAAGAUAGCGCUCUUGAGGUAACAAAAGUUGACGAUGCAGAUGAUGUUCAAAACGUCAGCCAGAAGAAAGGCUUUUUAAUGCGUUUUGGUCGACAUAGAGUGUCCAGUGUUGUAAAAGUUGCCACAGACGAACCAUCAUCGUCCACUGUUCAAGCUGAUGAUGGGGCUGCGCAGCCGAGCUCCGAGGAGCGACCCGGAAAAGCGUCUAUUAUUAAACGACUUCGUAAGGGAAAACCUAGCUCAGAUAUGGAAUCAACGCAAAACGCAACAUCGCCCAACGCUACAGUGCCAUCAAAGCAUGGUGAAGAGAAACCGAAAAAAUCGCAGAGGAAAAGGAGUAUACGACCUUCUGAAAAGGUUAAGGUUUUCAAGUUUUUUGAAAAGCGCAGUGAGCCAGAUGAUAAUGUAGCUAUUAUUGAGGGGCCUCGAGAAAGCGAAAUUGAGGCAAGUGUUGGGAUGCGAGUCUGUGAAUCACAGCUGGAAGAUGAGAAAGCCGUUAAUGCCAAAAGUGAAAAGAAAGAUAAAUAUAGUAAUAAAGACGACUUGAAAUCGAACAAAAAAGAUGAGGAAGGCAAAUGUGAGUCUUUCUUACAAGAGAACAAAACCACCAAAAAACGCAAAAAAAAGGUACUUUUCAGUAGAUUUACAGUUCAAAAACCAGAGAGACGUAACCGUCAUAGCGUGGCGACUAUCAACAAGGAAACCACUGAUGGCGAGACGUCAACAACUGAAGAAAAUCAGAAUAAGGAAUCGGAAAAGGAACUCUCAACUUUGGAUGAAAAGAUAGAUGAGGCUAAGAGUGAAGCGGAUACAACCGUAAACCAGGACUCCGGUCAAAGAACCUCGGAGCCGAUUACAAGUGAACGCCGAGAUAGUGAACAAUCAUCGAGAGGCUUUUUUAGUUGGUUCACCGGUUGGCGAAGUGUAGAUGACAAAAUCAAGGAGGUGCCAGAAAGCUGUUGUGACACCACUGCGGAAAAGUCAGAGGCAGCAAAAGACCUUGACCCCAACACCGAGGCUGAUGUAUCGGAUAUUCAGAGCGAAUCCGAAUCCGUCACAGACGAGUGUGCGGGCGAGAAGCGAAUUGACCUCGAAGAGCAAAUGCAACCCAAGGCUGAGCAAAAAGACAAACUAGAAACUUCUAAAAAUGAUGCAGAUAAGCCAACCGAAGUCCUGUCCACUAAGACAAAAAGUUUAUUGAAACGCUUCCGCCGAAAACGAUCAAAAAAGUUUACAGAUCUUAUAGAUUCUGGGAGAGGCGAAAGCAGCGAGGGCAGUCGGCCAAGUAGCGGGAAAACUAUGAGUCGGCCAUCUAGCGCGUCAAAACUGUUUUUAAUCUUCCGGCAAUCCAAGCUAGUCGAGAAGACGACUACCGAAGAAGCUAAGAAGGCAGACGAAAUUGUUGGGACGACAACGUCUGAUAAAACGAAAGUGGUUGCAUCCGAGAUGGAUGAUUCCGCUGUAGCCUCGGAUCCCUUAAAAGAUGAGGUUCUCCUUAGUGAGCAAACAUCUUUUGCGAAGGACAAACAGAAAGACCAACCGGCCGAGAAUCUCGAGGAACCGCUGAGUAUCAGCGAAAAAGACAGUGGUUAUGAACCCGGUCGUACAGACAAGAAAGCUCUUUCUACCGCCUUGUACUCUGGAAGAAGGAAGCCACGUAGAAAUAGAAAUAGAAAAGACAAAGGUCUCGACAACUCUGCUAAAGCCGAUGUCCCUCUUACAGAGGUGGCGGAGGAAAAGGUUAUACCCCGUGAUAUCGAGAUCAGACGUGUGGCAGUUCAGAUGUCGUCGCCUCAACAGGUAAUAGAACAAAAACCAAAAACAAUUGAGACCAAGGUGGCAGAGGUAAAGGAUACAAAGGUUAUCGAGGUUGUUAUCCGUGUCAACGACCAAAAAGCUGAAGGCAAGUUGCCAUCGCCAGCGGGAGCCGAAGGCAAACGCAGUCGUCGACGGCGUCGUGGCAAGAAAAAGUCCCCAACAAAACCUACCGAAGGCGAAGAUACCGAGUCCCAGCAUAGUGGUAAAGGACGGAAACAGAGGUUACCUGACGCUGACACAGCAGAAAAGGCAGCAAAAGAUGACCUAGAUGAGAUCAAACCAGACGUUAAGUAUAUUACAGCCGAUACUAUAAAAUCUGAAAGGUCAGAAGAUAGUUCCGUUGAUGAUGAGGUGCCGUCUGCUGAAACAGCUAUACAGGACAAGGCUAAAGAUUUUGAGGCUGAAAAGAAAUCGGUUACGAUGCUUGUAGUUAAAGAGAAGCAAAGCUUGUUAAAGUUCUGGCAUACAAAAAAGUCGACGGCCUCAUCUAAGGCGCAAGCGGUACCUGCUGAGAUGGGAAAACCUAUUUCAACAAAAACUGACGAUAUUACCGAAGACUUCGACUUCGAGACCAGAGUCAGAUCAAAUAAGAAAAAGGCGUUUUUGGAUCGCUUCCAAAAAUCGAAGGCCGUCGAACCUUACAUCGCUUCCGAUAAUGGAGGCGAGGAUCAGGCCAAUGCUGACACUACACGAUAUGCUGAGUCUCCCCAUAUGGAGACUUCAAAAAGCCACCAGUCGAACAAAGGGAGCGCCUCGUCUCGUAAAGGGUCCCAGGCAGAAGGAAAGCCUCAAAAGGGUCUUCUGUCAAGUUUUCUACAGUGGUCGUUGGGCCGGAUUGAAAGCCCGGAAAAAACUGAAGUCAGGGUUACCCGCUGGCAUUCAGAACUUGUCUUGGCGUCUACAAAGGAAGAUGACAAAGACGCUCAAGAGCCCAAAAUCGAGAUCGUUAUCCAUGAUAUUGACAAAAAGCAGGGCGACUUUAGAGGACGCGUCCAGUCAACUGAGUCGGAGACUCAGAGGUCUGAUACUACUUCUAAGUUCGAAACACCCGUAGAAGAAUUUAAGCCCUUGGUGCGCGAACAGAGAAAGGCUACUGGUUUCUUCAGCAAUUUUGGCUGGCCCGCAUCUCUUUGGACAUUUGGGACCGGAACAGAGGACGGGGGUCAACAGGACAACGCGGAAGAUGGAGGCAAGACCGAUACGAGUAACGAAACUCAAGGAAGAGAAAACGUCUCCACGGAAGCCGAGUUAGCGGAAAAGGCUACUAAGGAAGCGGAGACGAAGCCUACCAAAAGUAAUGCUACUGUCAUGGAUGGAGUUCAGGAUAGCGAGAAAGCUGAGGAAGAUGUCAAAACCACUGAGUCUCAGGAGGCUAACGACAAAGAGGUCAUUUUGAAAGAUGUUCGGAAAAAGGAGAAAAGUCCAAUAAAAGAUAAAACAGAAAGAAAGGCCAAAAAUGAAAAGCUUGUUUUGAAUGUCAAUGAUGGAGCUGAGAAGGUUGACGAGAGGGCUGAAAGAUCUCCUGACGAUAUUUCUGCAAAAACUGUUGACAAACAGAGGUCCUUCCUCAAAUUUCCCACAAUCAAGCUGGCGAAAAUGUCGAAAAGCGUCAAGAAUUUGCUAAACACUGAAGCUAAAACUGCUUCGAAGUUUGAAAAAGAGGAGGCGCAGUUUGAAUCCGAGGAGAGCCAAGUAGACUCAAAGCCUGAAGACGAGGACACUACUGAGCGCACCGAUAAGUACUAUCAAGGUGAGAAAACCAAGGCAGAAGUUAAGGUAGAGCCUAAAAAGGCCCGCUGCUCUUUUCUAAAGAAUAGUUCAGUUCCUAAACUGCCGAAAUCAAAAAAGGGUGCGACGGAACAAUCAUCAAUAGUCAAGCCAGUGAAAACCAAAAAGGAAGAUAAAGAAAGAAAGGAGCAAAACAAACCCUCGAUUUUAGAGGAUAGCUAUAAAGAAGAUCAACUGGAAACGGACACUGAAGAUGAGAGACUAGCCGUAAAGCCUAAGCCACUGGGGAAAGUUGCUAUUGGGGCAGCCUCCGCAUCUGAACCACUUGUUGCGAGAGCUUCAGAAGAGGAAAAAUCGACCUCUGAAAGUGCCGAAUCACCCAAGCGUACAAUAACAAUCACGAUUCCGUUACCAAAAUUCAGAAUAGGCAGAAAAAAUAAGGGAAAGAGAACCUCUGCCAAAAAACACAAAGCUAAACGGACAGACAAAAAGAAACUGUCGUGUUAUAAGGUUGCAGGUAAAAAAUCUGUGGUCACUGAAAAUGUAACGGAUCAAGACGCAAGCGACACCGUCGUAGAAAAUGCCGACGAUGCCUUGAGAUGCGAGACUACGAAAGUAACUGAUGUUUUGGAGAAAAAAGCUUACAGAGUUUCUUCUUUCUUAAAUCCAAUAUUCCGUUCUAAUAAAAAAACAGAACCGCAAGUAAAAGUCGAUAUUAGAAAUAACAAAGGUUUGAACGCCGAAAAUAAGAUGAUCGAAGAAAUUACGGAUGAGAAGGCAGAGACAGCUGCGAAUUCACUGGAGGAGACCCCUUCUCCAAUAGAUAAAGCGAAGAAUACCGAAAAGGGCAAACAACCACAGGAUGAGAAGCCCUCCAAGAGCAAGCGCAAUCGACGCGGUAAGAAAAGCAAUCCUUUCAGUAAGGAGAAAAGCACUGAGCACGUUAAGACGGAGGCAGGAGAAACAAAGGUCAAGGGCGAACUUGACGGAACCAUUGUAGACAAAAAGACCGUUCAUCAAGCUGAAGAAGGACCUAAACAAAAAAGUGAGCAUCCUAGCACAAUAGCUGAUCAGCCCGCGUUUUCUGAAAGUCCGAAACUGUCGGGCAAGCGGGCCCAGGAGACCCAACAAUUCUUUGCUGUUAAGCUCAAAUUUAACAAGGCUAAAAGAUUAACUGAAUCGACUCCUAUUGGUGAUGAUAAGAAAAUAACGGAAACUAGCGACAACGAACAGAAGCAAGUGGAUAAAAAGAACAGGGAUCUUGCUGAAAACGCUAUGCAAGCAGAUGAAAAAAAGGCAGAAACAGGUCAGUAUGACGAUGAAUUGCUGACUGAUAGACCAACUGAAACCCCUGAACCUAUUGAAGAAAGACAGGCUAAGAUGAGACGGACUUUCACUAUCAAUUUCGCCAAAUUCCUUGCCAAGGAUAGGAACGUAUCUAUAGAGGAAGCUCGCAAAGAAGCUGAGAAAAAUGGAAAUGUUCAUGAAGCAGAUGAUGACAAAAGUUCACUAGGUGGGCCAAAGAAAGACACUGAGGAGUUUAAAGAUGAAUUGAAUGCUGAUCACAGAAAAGAAAGGGAGCCCAAGAAAGAACAAAGUGCGGUUAGGGAAAAGCAGGACACAGGAAAAUGUUAUGAAUUUAAAAUUCCAAACUUCUGCACCACCGCCACCACUUUAAAGAAAUCGUUUAACAAGGAAGAAUACCCAAAAAUAGAGAAAGAGCCAAAGGCGAAAGGGCACUCUGAUAAGAAUAAAGUCUGUAAUAAGGCGGAGAUAAUCAGCAAAAUGGACGUACAGCUGGAAGGAGAGCCAACGGAAAGUGUUAAAGAAAAAUCCUAUACUGAAAAAAUUGCCACAGAUAAAAAGGAGCAGUUCGUACAAUGUGCAGCAGCGCAAAGGGACACGAAAAAGUUGAAGUUCACGAUCAAUUUUCACAAGCCCACUUUUGUGCGCAAAAGAGAAACGAAACGGGCCAAUAAAGAAGUACUUGAAAGUCCUGUACACGCUGAGAAGGCUGGUAUAGAGGACUCUGACGAAAAAAAUGCCGAGGAGACCGAACAAGAUAGUAAAAUGUCGGGACCCGAGGACGAAACUUCCACAGAGAAGGUGGAGGUAGCUGAUGGACAGAUUUAUAGCAAAACAACUGGCGAGACCGAAUUAAUUGCAGUCGAAGAACAGGGUAAGGCGGCUCCUAAAACUCCAAAAAAGAGCUCUCUUGCCGUUCCUAGAUUAAGCUGGCCUAAAUUCUUCUCUUUAAAAAAACACGACAAGUCAGGAUCUCAGGAGACAGUUGACAAGGCCCGGAAAUUUUCGGUUGAGGAAGCGAACGAUUUGCAAGAUACGGUUCCUACAGAGGGCUUAGGUGAGAUAGGACUCGAGGAAGCUGAAAUCGAUGGGAUGAAAACGACUGAAUCACAUGACAUCGCCCAUUUAGGUACUCCCUCGGAGGUUACUCCAAAAAAAAAUGACGAGGGCCGCAAACAAGUUACGUUUACGAUUACCAUUCCGAAGCUUUCUAUACCGAAAUUCAAACCCAAAAUGAAUGUUAGAGAUAUAAGCGAUGAAACGGCUACAAAAUCAGACAUCGAACAAACUCAAAAAGAUGAUGAUACAGUCAAAAUUUAUGAGUCCGCAACUGACUUAGCUAAACUAGAUACGAACAAAACUGGCGAAACAGAGGAUGAAACCGUUUCAGUUGAAAAAAAACCUAUGGAUUCUGCAAAAAAAGGCAACGCGGCUGAUGCGACCAAAACUUCGAAACGUUCAUGGUGGCAUUCCUUAGUAUCACGGGAUGACACGACCCCAACAAAGGUUUCGGAUAAAAACGUCCGACAAGAACCAUCAGUGACCCAAGAAAAAUUCUUCCGUUUUUCUAAGAAGUCUGCAUUGAAUGUGGAAGAAUCGACGGAUACCCUUGAGAAGCCCAUUCUCGAGCCAGUACCCGAGCUUUCCGAAAAUGAGGCCUCUAAAUCAGAGGAUGUCUCAAAAGAUGAAUUAGCGGACGAACAGCCCGCUGACGAGAUCGGACCAAUCACUAAAGAGCAAACAUAUGAAGCAGUAGUCAAACAAGACAACCAGGAAAUCCCCGAACUUAAAAAUACGGCAAAGGAACGUAAGUUUUAUGCUGUUUUCAAAUUGGGUCGCAAAGUAGAUUCCUCUGAGGUCAAGGUUAAAGACGCGAAAACCGAAGUUGAGGACCAGCAGGCCGAAACAAAGCCCACUAAGAGUGAGGUUACGGUUGAAGGUAUAAAUGAACCAAUCUCGAAAAAGCCAAAGAAAUUUCGAUUUAAAAAAAUGCUUUGGAAAAUGGUAACCGUUAAAGCAUCUGAAAAGGCCGACCAAACAAAUCGGGCCAAAAUAGGAGCAGGAUCGAUUGAAUCGGAUCUACAGGAGAAGUCUAAAAAAAAAGUUCCGAAAAAAAAUGUUGCUAAAACUUUGAACAUGGACGGUACCAAGCCUGACAUAUCUCCAGAGUUUUUCAAAAAGGAGGUUAAAAAAUCGCUUCUCCCUGGACAGAAGGAGUCCCCUGUACUAAUUACGAAACAGGAUAUUACUAUUGAUGCAGAAACUGGUUCAGUGAAAAUCGAAGAGGUUGACGAUGCUAAAUCAAGUCCAAAUGAAGAAAAACGUGACGCAGGAUGUUCACGUAACCGCCGAAAGCGCAGGAACCGCAACCGCAAAAACAGAUUAAAUAUUAUGCGAAGUUGCGAUACCGAGAUAGAAAAAACUAUUAAAGAGCGAAAAUCAACUAAAGACGAAAAUGACAAGGCAGCUUUUGUCGAAAACAAAAAGAUCGAUGUAGAGGAAAAUUCGUUUGAAUGUAGCCUUGUCGAAGAGGGCGCUCGCGAGGUGGUAAUAGAAUCGAACACCGGUGAAGUCACUAAAGUCGAAGCUGUCAGCAAGAAAUGUGUAGUUACGAAAAAUGCAACCUCAUCAACGGUUGUGACAACUUCAUCGAUUGCCACAUUUUGCGAGUCGCAGCCGGUCGGUGCAACGGCCAAUGCAGCCGCCGAUGAUACUGCCAUCGAGAGCAUCACUGAAGAGAAGGCUGAGCAUAAGAAGCUUGACAAAAGCGUCGUGGAAGAGAGCUUUAAAAUUCGAGAUAAUGUUACAGAAGUUGAAAGGAAAGAUGGAACAACCGUACUAACAGUAAAAUUCGAAGUAGAAAAAGAAAAACAAAAACUGGGAGAAAAAAGGCAGUCGUUCUCGUUUCUCGGCCGGUUUAGCCAGAAGCACAGGGUCGAUAGCCGACUUGAACCUAUAAGCGAUGACAGUCCCGACGUUCAUAUAACAUCAGAGGGAGACGUUACUCCCAUCGACGUUAGCUAUAGCGUCGACGGCGUCACGGAAGAGAACACCGUUAAUGCUGGCGUGUCCGACGACAAGAAACCGAGGAAGCGCUAUUUCAAGCCUGCGAAGCACCGUAUAACAAAGAAUGCUGUAGAUACUGUACAGUUACCGGACAAUAGCCCUAAAGCAACACACACUAGUGGGUCUAACGAUGAAAACGCACAAAAUAGUGAUGUCGUCAAGACAAAAGAGAUAGUAAAGUCUGCAGGAAGUGUGCAGAAAGCGAAUAAACAAGACGCUGCUGAUAUAGCCGACAACACCUUUAUAGCUAGCAAAAACACAAAGGACGCAGAAGGGAAACCCAAGAACGAGAGAGCACAACUUUAUGUUGCUAAAGCAGAAAAGGGAGGCGUUGUUGGCUUCUUGACAAAGCGAUUUCGCAGACCGCAGAGGGAUAUGAGCAAAAACUUAAUUAUCGGAGAAACCACUGUCAAUGAUGCGCCAAAACAGGUCCAAAAUGUGGAAAAAGGGUUGGAAAAGAAAACUGAUAAUAUGGAAACUAGCGAAGAAGACGACGAGGACGAGGAAGAGAGUACGGUGGAAAGCACCAAGAACGAAAGCGGCUCAUCGGACUCGACUGAGAUCAAGGACACCUCAGACGAGGACUCCGCGGAAAAGAAGGAAGAAGAUAAGGCUGACGUUACCCAAGAUACGAAAAAAACUGAUGGAGGCAAUGAAAAAACCGCCCGGAAAUCCAAAGGAGUGUUCGGCUGGCUCAAGCGAAGUCGGCCAAGCAGUGGCUGUGAACGUGAAAAAAACAAGGACUUCGACGGCGAGCAGAAAAAAUUCGACCCGGCUAAAAUUGAGAUUGGUGGUAGUAAAGACAAGGAUCUAGCAGCGGAUAAGGCUUUGGAGGCACCAAAUGUAUCGGUUAACGGUGGAGACUCGUCGAAGGUCGUUGACACGGGCUCUGUCAAGGAAGAGCGUUCGAAGAAAAAGACUAAGCGUUUCUUUCAGAAAAAUAGCAAAAUUGAAGUUGAAAAACUGGCGAUCGUCGGUAAAAAAGGCUUUGGCGAUCUCGAACAAGACCAGUCGGCAGGCGCAAGCACCUCAAGUCAGGCACCCAAAUAUGACCACUUCGGAAGAAGUUACACCUUCCACUGGCCAGGUGUUCGUUACACUACCAUCCUUGAACCAGUUGCCCAACAAUAGAAGCUAAAUUAACUAAUCAAUUGGGGUGUAUGCUCUACUUUGUACUAUUGGUUCAGCCGAGAGCGUGAUACGCAGUCAAUGCAUUUUUCUUCAAUCCAGCAGCCAUCUCUGACCUUCGUCCAUCAAAAUCGAGUUGAAGCUAUGAGCGAAAGAAAGGUAUUUCUUUGUUGUUAUCGAAAACAAAAAAAUCUUUUCCCGUUGUUUCCCUCUUCAAUAAGUCAACUAAAUUAUUUUAAAAGUCAUGGCGGUUGCGGACGAGUCGGUUCGAUCUGAAAGCCUCUAUCAUUGGGAGUUAAUCAGUCCUGAAAUGAACCUACGCGCACAGUAUCUGUUAAUUUUUACUUGCGUAAAAAUUUAAAUAAUGCCGACUGGUCUGUAUAUAGUAGGCAGAAAAAGUAGUUGAAAAUGUGUGAUGAUGAGGGCUCUUGACAGCUUAAACUCGUAAUCUGGGUGUACGCUCUGCAGCCAAAUGCAAGUCACAAGUCUGCAGUAACCGUAUAUUUAAGUUACGUUGAUAGAGCGCUGCUGAUUGACAGAUCAUGCAGUUAUCGAUUAAGACCUAACGCAAUGACAGACGCGCACAUAAUAUACCGUUUUGAAUUGGUUAGAAUUUCGGUUAACAUUGUUUGUUUUACGUAAAAUUUGCUUUUAAAAAACGUUUUUUCGCAAGUUGCUCUAAAUUUCGAAGGAACCUCAAGCGUUACUGUUAUUCACGACGAAACUAAAUCUGCUUAGAGAUGUUUAAUAGUUGGGCAUCAGCUGCCCGAUUGCACUGUCUUGGAUUAUCAUUGCCGUUAUCAUCCUAUAGAUAUCUUACUGAUCUCUUCUGAACGAUCCCAUUUCCGUUAUGUGAUUUUUCUCCUUUUAUAUACAAUGUAUAUAUGUAAAUUUUAUCAAAAAAUUUACAUUCGAUUA